GAGAAAACGAAACUGGUCUGACUCUCUGUGUCGUCUGUCUGUGUGAGAGUGAACAACUGUCCAAAUGGCUCAGCAAGGAGUUCUGCUCGACCAGGACCAGUUCUGUUGUUCUGUCUGUCUGGAUCUACUGAAGGAGCCGGUCACCAUCCCCUGUGGACACAGUUACUGUAGAAGCUGUAUUGAGGGCUGCUGGGAUCAGGAUGUUCUGAAAGGGGUCUAUAGCUGUCCUCAGUGCAGAGAGACCUUCACUCCAAGGCCUAAUCUGAGGAAAAAUAACAUGUUGGCUGAGUUGGUGGAGAAACUGAAGAAGACAGGAUUCCAGGCUGCUCCCCCUCCUGCUCUGUGCUAUGCUGGACCUGGAGAUGUGGCGUGUGAUUUCUGCACUGGGACCAGAAAGCAGAAAGCCCUCAUGUCCUGUCUGGCGUGUCUGUCCUCUUACUGUGAGAUUCACCUCCAACCUCACUAUGAAUCUCCUGCUUUCAAAAAGCACAAGCUGGUCAAAGCCACCACACAACUACAGGAGAAGAUCUGCUCUCAUCAUGACAAACUGCUGGAGGUUUACUGUCGUACCGAUCAGCAGUGUAUCUGUAUGCUGUGUACAAUGGAUGAACAUAAAGGCCAUGAUACAGUGUCAGCUGCAGCAGAGAGGACUGAGAAACAGAGGCAGCUGGGGAUGAGUCAGCAGAAAGUCCAGCAGAGAUUCCAGGAGAGAGAGAAGGAGCUGAAGGAGCUCCAACAGGCUGUGGAGUCUCUCAAGAGCUCUGCACAGGCAGCAGUGGAGGACAGUGAUAAGAUCUUUACUGAGCUGAUCCGCUCCAUUGAGAGAAGGCGCUCUGAGGUGAAGGAGCUGAUCAGAGCCCAAGAGAAGGCUCAAGUGAGUCAAGCUGAAGGACUCCUGGAGCAACUGGAGCAGGAGAUAGCUGUGCUGAGGAAGAGAAGCACUGAGCUGGAGCAGCUCUCACACACAGAGGAUCACAUCCAUUUCCUCCAGAGUUAUCAGUCUCUCUCCGGUACCAGUGUAUCUUCAGACUUACCCAGCAUCGUUGUCCGUCCUCUUCAGUACUUUGGAGAUGUGAGUAAGACUGUGUCUGAACUGAGAGAGAAACUAGAAGACGUCCUUAAAGGAGAAUGGACCAAGAUCUCCUCUACAGUGAAUAUAAUGGAUGUUGUACUGCCUCCAGAGCCCAAGACCAGAGAACAGUUCUUACAAUAUUCCUGUCAGCUCACACUGGACCCAAACACAGCAGGCACACUCCUCUCUCUGUCUAAAGGAAACAGAAAGGUGACCUAUACAGACCAAGAACAACCAUAUCCUGAUCAUCCAGACAGAUUCACAAACACCUACCAGGUUCUGUGUAGAGAGGGUCUGUCUGGACGCUGUUACUGGGAGGUGGAGUGGAGUGGGGGGGGUGUUGUUACAGCAGUCUCAUAUAAAGACAUCAGCAGAACAGUGACAGAUGGUGCAUUUGGAGACAAUAACAAGUCCUGGAGUUUACAGUACUAUAGUGGUGGUUAUUGUUUCAGACACAAUAAUGUUGUGACUAAAGUAUCAGGCCCUCGGUCCUCCAGAGUAGGAGUGGACCUGGAUCACAAGGCAGGUACUCUGUCCUUCUACAGUGUCUCUGACACAAUGACCCUCCUCCACAGAGUCCAGACCACAUUCACUCAGCCCCUUUAUCCUUCGCACUUGCAGGACCAGACGAGGACUGCUACCUACAAGACUAACGGAACUGAUAUUGUGUUCAAACUUGACACUGGAGCACAGGUCAACAUCAUUCCAGAGACUGAAUUGUUACGGUUACAGGUAAAACCAGUGGUCUUCAGGGACAUGCAGCAAAUGGCUCUGCAGGGAGUUCUGCUGGACCAGGACCAGUUCUGUUGUUCUGUCUGUCUGGAUCUACUGAAGGAACCGGUGGUUAUUCCCUGUGGACACACUUACUGUAGGAGCUGUAUUGAGGGCUACUGGGAUCAGGAUGUUCUGAAAGGGGUCUAUAGCUGUCCUCAGUGCAGAGAGACCUUCACUCCAAGGCCUAAUCUGAGGAAAAAUAACAUGUUGGCUGAAGUGGUGGAGAAACUGAAGAAGACAGGACUCCAGGCUGCUCCCCCUCCUGCUCUGUGCUAUGCUGGACCUGGAGAUGUGGCGUGUGAUUUCUGCACUGGAACCAGAAAGCAGAAAGCCCUCAUGUCCUGUUUGGUGUGUCUGGCCUCUUACUGUGAGACUCACCUCCAACCUCACUAUGAAUUUCCUGGUUUCAAGAAACACAAGCUGGUCAAAGCCACCGCACAACUACAGGAGAAGAUCUGCUCUCAUCAUGACAAACUGCUGGAGGUUUUCUGUCGUACCGAUCAACAGUGUAUCUGUUAUCAGUGUACAAUGGAUGAACAUAAAGGCCAUGAUACAGUGUCAGCUGCAGCAGAGAGGACUGAGAAACAGAGGCAGCUGGGGAUGAGUCAGCAGAAAGUCCAGCAGAGAUUCCAGGAGAGAGAGAAGGACCUGAAGGAGCUCCAACAGGCUGUGGAGUCUCUCAAGAGCUCUGCACAGGCAGCAGUGGAGGACAGUGAUAAGAUCUUUACUGAGCUGAUCCGCUCCAUUGAGAGAAGGCGCUCUGAGGUGAAGGAGCUGAUCAGAGCCCAAGAGAAGGCUCAAGUGAGUCAAGCUGAAGGACUCCUGGAGCAACUGGAGCAGGAGAUAGCUGAGCUGAGGAAGAGAAGCACUGAGCUGGAGCAGCUCUCACACACAGAGGAUCACAUCCAUUUCCUCCAGAGUUAUCAGUGUCUCUCCGGUACCAGUGUAUCUUCAGACUUACCCAGCAUCGUUGUCCGUCCUCUUCAGUACUUUGGAGAUGUGAGUAAGACUGUGUCUGAACUGAGAGAGAAACUAGAAGACGUCCUUAAAGGAGAAUGGACCAAGAUCUCCACUACAGUAGAUGUUGUACUGCCUCCAGAGCCCAAGACCAGAGAACAGUUCUUACAAUAUUCAUGUCAGCUCACACUGGACCCAAACACAGCAGGCACACACCUCUCUCUGUCUAAAGGGAACAGAAAGGUGACACCUACAGGCCAAGUCCAACGAUAUCCUGUUCAUCCAGACAGAUUCACCAACUACUAUCAGGUUCUGUGUAGAGAGGGUCUGUCUGGACGCUGUUACUGGGAGGUGGAGUGGAGUGGGGAGGAUGUUUAUACAGCAGUCUCAUAUAAAGACAUCUGCAGAACAGGGACAGAUGGUGUAUUUGGACACAAUAACAAGUCCCGGAGUUUAGUGUGCUCUAGUGGUGGUUAUUGUUUCAGACACAAUAAUGUUGUGACUAAAGUAUCAGGCCCUCAUUCCUCCAGAGUAGGAGUGGACCUGGAUCACAAGGCAGGUACUCUGUCCUUCUACAGUGUCUCUGACACAAUGACCCUCCUCCACAGAGUCCAGACCACAUUCACUCAGCCCCUCUAUCCUGGGUUUUGGCUCUAUAAUGGUACUGCUGAGUUGGUUAAACUGUAGUAGGGUCCACAUAGAUACUAGUCAUGCUGGUGUAGUCUAUAGCUGAGCUGGUUAAACUGUAG